CGGGUAAUGGAAAUGGCUUCUUGAAGCCAGCCAGCCUGGAUCGCCAUGAGAGGAGUUGGCCCCAGCGGACUCGCCUGGGCAGAGACUUCUGAGAUCUGGUUUCUUGUCUCUGCCCACGGCAGGCCCGGCUGCGAAAUUCCGGUGAAUUCCUUGUGACCGCGCUACCCCGGAGGCUUUCUCGUUUUGAAGAUUCUGUGGAUGCUCACAAUGCAAAACCACGGAGGAUUCGUCCUGCCGGUGCUCCUGCUCCUCCUGGUUGUCCUCUGCCAUUCAGGUCACAGCCUGAUGUGCUACAACUGUAUGUCAUUAGUGAAUAAAAACUGCACUAAGACCUCCACCUGCCCAUCGAAUUUUGACGCAUGUGUCUUCGUUGAAGCCGAGCCCAAAGCCUAUUACUACCAGUGCUGGAAGUACAGCGACUGCAGUUUCGAGCGCAUUGCGUUAUCCUUGGGGCUGCAGAAGCUCCAGUACCGCUGCUGCCAGCAUGACUUGUGCAACGGGAACCCUGGCGCCAGUGGCUCCGGGAAGAUGGCUCUGCUGGUGACCCCGCUGCUGGCCGCAGCCUGGACCCUUCGUCUCUAACUCAACACCAGGAGGCCCUUCUCCUAAACUUUCUGUUUCUGUAUGUUCCUUGUUUCCUGUGCUGCUGCAUUCCCAAGGCUGUCUAUUUGCACCUGGAUCCUAUUGGGAUCCUCUGGGAAAGAUUAAAACUAGCUUGAGCCACUUGGUUAAGACAGA